AUGGAUGGCAAGAAGCCCUACGUCAUUGCCAUCAUCAUACAGGUGAUCUACACCGGCCUGUACGUCGUCUCCAAGGCAGCCUUCGACCACGGGAUGAGCACCUUCAUCUUCAUCUUCUACCGCCAGGCAGCUGCCUCUGUUCUGAUGCUCACUCUCGCCAUUUUUCUGGAAAGGAGAAAUGCGCCACCGAUGUCGCUACGGUUGUUUGCCAAGCUUUUCCUGUAUGCUCUGCUUGGGAACAAUGUAAGCUUAAACCUGAACAGCUUGGGCCUCAAGUACACAUCCACGGCGGUGCAAUCGGCGACAGCCAACUCGGUGCCCGUAGUGACCUUCUUCUUGGCAGUCCUAUUAAGGCUGGAGGUGAUCCGGCUCAGGAGCUUGUCGGGCGCGGCGAAGGUGGCCGGCAUGGGGCUGUGCACAGGCGCCGUACUGGUGAUCGCGCUGUACUCCGGGCCGGCGAUAAGGCCCCUGAACCACCACCGCGCGUUCGGCGGCGGCGGACGCCAUGGACGACGUGAGGCUGUCACUGCGAAGAGCGGGAGGGGGGCCAGGUGGAUGGAGGGGACGUCCCUGAUGCUGCUGUCCACCGUGACGUGGUCGCUCUGGACCCUACUGAUGGCCUCGCUGCUCAAGGAGUACCCCAGCAAGCUGAUGGCCACGGCGCUGCAGUCCGUGCUCAGCGCGGUGCAGUCGCUGCCGCUGGCGGCGGCGGUGGAGCGCGACCCGGCCGCCUGGAGGCUGCGGCCCGACGCCGGUCUCCUCGCCGUCGCCUACUCCGCGCUCGCCGUCAGUGGAGUCUCCUACUACCUGCAGGCGUGGUGCAUCGAGAAGAAGGGCCCCGUGUUCCUGGCCAUGACCAACCCGCUCAGCUUCGUCUUCACCAUCGUCUGCUCGUCCUUCUUCCUCGGCGAGAUCUUCCACCUCGGCAGCAUCGUCGGCGGGGUCCUGAUGGUGGCUGGCCGCUACAGCGUGCUCUGGGGCAAGAGCAAAGAGCAGAACACGCUCACGCUCACCACGGCCACGGUCGCCGCCGUACAACAGCAGCAAACCGCUGCUGCACCACCAGCUGCAGAGAGCAGCAACAGUGACAGUGACAGCAAACACAGAUUGGCGUCCCCGGAGCGGCAUGUCUAG